UCGGCGUAAUACGCUGCGUUUCCUUCUGCCCGCUGUGCGCAUGUGCGCAUGCGCUAGUAUCCAUCCGACAGUAUCUGCUGUGGUUAACCCGAUUUGCUAACAAUAGCAACAACAUCACGUUUAAUUAAUUAGCGGCGGUUGGAUUCAUUUCUUUAACAUUUAAAAAAAACGACAUGCCUCCGAAGAAAUCGGUCCAGGCAUCAGGGGCAGCAGGUAGUAAGAAAACACAAGAGAAGAAGAAAGAAAAGAUUAUCGAGGACAAGACAUUUGGACUGAAGAACAAGAAAGGAGCAAAGCAGCAGAAGUUUAUCAAAACUGUCACUCAUCAAGUCAAGUAUGGACAGCAGAACGCACGACAGGUUGCAGCUGCUGAAGGCGAUAAGAAUAAGAAGAUCGACAAGAAGAAGGAGAUGGAAGAGUUGAAUGAGCUUUUCAAGCCUGUUGUGGCUGCACAGAAAGUCGCCAAAGUUGUCAGGUGUGGAUCCCAAAUCUGUGCUUUGUGCCUUCUUCAAGCAAGACCAGUGCACUAAGGGAGAUAAGUGUAAGUUCUCCCAUGACCUGACUCUUGAGAGGAAGUGUGAAAAGCGCAGUCUGUAUGUCGAUGGCAGAGACGAAGACCUGGAAAAGGACACCAUGGACAACUGGGAUGAGAAGAAGCUUGAGGAGGUCGUCAAUAAGAAACAUGGAGAGGCAGAGAUGAAGAAAGCCAAAAGUCAACAAACUCAGAUUGUUUGUAAGUACUUCCUGGAUGCCAUAGAGAACAACAAGUAUGGUUGGUUCUGGGUCUGUCCCGGGGGAGGAGACAACUGUAUGUACCGCCAUGCUCUUCCUGCCGGGUUCAUCCUCAGGAAGGACAAGACGAAAGAAGAGAAUCUGGAGGAAGAGAUCUCAUUGGAGGAGCUGAUCGAGAAUGAGCGAUCAGCCCUGGGUCCAAACGUCACCCGGAUCAGUCUGGAAACGUUCCUGUCCUGGAAGAAGAGGAAGAGACAGGAGAGGAUCGCUAAGGAUGAGCAGGACAUGGAGAGGAAGAGGGCUGAUUUCUCAGCAGGCAGAUCACUGGGGGUGAGUGGUCGUGAAGUGUUUGAGUUCCGCCCCGACCUGGUUGAUGACGAUGAUGAAGAGGCAGAUGAUACCAAGGGCGAUGAUGGUGAUGAGGUAGUGGAUACUGAAGACUUCCUGGACAUUGAUGUGGCCAGGUUUAUUCCUAAAGAGGUGGAUAACACUGGGAUCACAGUGGCGUCAGCAGAUCGGUUCCCUGCCAGACCUCGACCCACUAAGGACACAGAUGACAAACUGAGUGAGGCUUGUGGUGGAGAGGUGGAGGAGAACGGAGUGAACGGAGAGGGGGACACGGAGGAGGACACGGAGGAUGUCCCUGUAGACGAGAACCUGUUCAAUGGAGAAGAUCUGGACGAGGUAGAGGAGGAGCUCGACACGCUGGAUCUGGACCAAUAAGACAAGGGCUGAAUUUAACUGAAUCGGCUCGUUUGAAUUGAAUCAAAUAGAAAUCUGCUCGUUUGAAUUGAAUCAAAUAGAAAUCUGCUCGUUUGAAUUGAAUCAAAUAGAAAUCUGCUCGUUUGAAUUGAAUCAAAUAGAAAUCGGCUCAUUUGAAUUUGAGAAUCAACUUAUUUGUAUUGAAUUGUCUCUUUUUUUGAGUUUGGGCGGCUCAUUCCAUGGACAACGGUACAAAAGGCUUAAAAGUGAAUGAUGAUGUUCCACAAUAACAAUAACGACCUCACCGUGGGAAUCUCACAGCCCUCUUUGUUCCUCAGCCUGCCAUCCAUAAGACAAAGAUCCUUUCUCCAGCAGAGCUAUCAGAGGAGUAAAUGUUGGCAACUCUACAAACUCUGUUAUCCUCCUUUUACAAAUGAAUGUUUUUUUUUUUGUUUUUUUUUCUUAAAUGCGUCUGACUGUCUGCCACUCAGAAAUCCCAGUUAAUAACAGGAGAUUCUUAUUUUUAUGUGCUGAUCUGCCAUGUCUAUUCCUUCAUACGACUUUAAUUUAAACCUGAUCAGAAGUCAGUGGGAAUGUUUUCUAAAUGAAAUAUUUAUUGGGUUGGUUAUAUUGAUUUGAGUAUUUUUAUUCAUGUAAAUGCAAGGUAUUUUACUCCUUGUGAUUUUGAUUCGGUGUUAAUAAGUUGUAAUCAUGGCCUAAAUAGUUGACUGAGUGUUUUAUAAAUACUGGCUUUUCUGACGGCUUCAUUUAAAUGUAUACGGUAACACUAUUUAUCUGGAAUUAUUCGGUUAAUACUGAACUUCCUCCCCUUUUAAAUGUGUCUUUGUGUCAUUCAUGCUUAAUUAGAAAAUACAAAGUAAGGUUACAGAGAUAUCAUUGGGACUUCACAUAUUAAUUAUGUUUAAAUGAAUUUGCAUGCCUGUAUCAGGAUAGGAAUGUAUAGGACGUUUGUGUGUGUGUGUGUGUAUAUAUAUAUAUAUAUGGUGAAUGAAUAUGUAGAGGAUUCUAGAAGACGUAGUGAAAGACAGACAGGGGAAUGGGUAAAACGGGUUCUAGAAGACGUAGUGAAAGACAACAGGGGAAUGGGUAAAACGGGUUCUAGAAGACGUAGUGAAAGACAACAGGGGAAUGGGUAAAACGGGUUCUAGAAGACAUAGUGAAAGGGCCUGGCAUCAUUACCCCUGGCAUCUAUACUAUAGUAGGGCUUGGCAUCAUUACCCCUGGCAUCUAUACUAUAGUAGGGCCUGGCAUCAUUACCCCUGGCAUCUAUACUAUAGUAGGGCUUGGCAUCAUUACCCCUGGCAUCUAUACUAUAGUAGGGCUUGGCAUCAUUACCCCUGGCAUCUAUACUAUAGUAGGGCUUGGCAUCAUUACCCCUGGCAUCUAUACUAUAGUAGGGCCUGGCAUCAUUACCCCUGGCAUCUAUACUAUAGUAGGGCUUGGCAUCAUUACCCCUGGCAUCUAUACUAUAGUAGGGCUUGGCAUCAUUACCCCUGGCAUCUAUACUAUAGUAGGGCCUGGCAUCAUUACCCCUGGCAUCAUUACCCCUGGCAUCUAUACUAUAGUAGGGCCUGGCAUCAUUACCCCUGGCAUCUAUACUAUAGUAGGGCCUGGCAUCAUUACCCCUGGCAUCUAUACUAUAGUAGGGCUUGGCAUCAUUACCCCUGGCAUCUAUACUAUAGUAGGGCCUGGCAUCAUUACCCCUGGCAUCUAUACUAUAGUAGGGCUUGGCAUCAUUACCCCUGGCAUCUAUACUAUAGUAGGGCUUGGCAUCAUUACCCCUGGCAUCUAUACUAUAGUAGGGCUUGGCAUCAUUACCCCUGGCAUCUAUACUAUAGUAGGGCCUGGCAUCAUUACCCCUGGCAUCUAUACUAUAGUAGGGCUUGGCAUCAUUACCCCUGGCAUCUAUACUAUAGUAGGGCUUGGCAUCAUUACCCCUGGCAUUUAUCCUAUCAUCCUGUGAUAAUGCCCUUUGAAAUUGGCGGUUCACUAGUCUUUUGUCAUUAGGAAAUGUACCCAUGCAGUCAGUCAAAGUCCAGCACAAUCAUUGGCCAGUGCCCCAAACGGCACCCCAUUCCUUUUAUAGUGUACUACUUUUGACCAGAGCCCUAUUUCUAACCAGGGCCCAUAGGCCUCUGGUCUAAAGUAGUGCAAUAUAUAGGGAAUAGGGUGCCAUAUGAGACGCAACCAUCGAAUGGAUUCAUGCUGAGUCACAUGGUCAGAUAAACCCCACAGCCUCAUGCAUGACUGGCCUGGGCCACAAUACAAAAGACAGAUUGUCUUUUCAAUGACAAGGAAAAGCCCACACUCAUUUUAAUCUGUAAAUACUGUCAUCGUUGGCGGGGCUGAGGCUCAGUCAGACGUGCUGCCUGCAACAAUAUUUUCAGGAAAUAAUAAACCUUUCUAAAUUUUUAAUAACUUUUAACUCAUUUAGCAUUUGUAGUCUUUUUUUUUUUACAUUGCCUGUAUGUAAUAACUUCAUGACAAACUACAUGCCGCACAUUAAACCACAGAGACUUAAACCUAUAUUAUCUAGAGGAAAAGUUCCGACCAAAUUCUCAAAAUCUAAUUUCUGCUAUUCAUCAAUAACUUUGUGUCCUUUAUGUUAUCAUUAUCUCAUAUAGUUUGUAUGUAAACAGUUAAAAAUGUCUGUUAAAUGUUUUCUUAAAGACAGUACUGUAAUUCAAUCAUCUAUAAAAGCAGAGGGCAGUGUCUGCCAAACACAACAUAUAAAAUCAGUCAACAUUCCUUUAUACCUCCCCCCUGUCUUUCCUGACCCUUACAUCUCUCCAUCCCAUCCCUCCUUUACUCACUCCAUCUUCUUACACAGGAUUUGACAUUCCCAGGGGCUUUUUGCCACACAUUCCUGUGAGUUUACUUCAUCGUAAACUGCCUCUGAGACUAUUCUACCUCCCAAAUAGCACACUAUUCCCUAUAUAAGUGCACUACUUUUGACCCAGGACCCAUAGUGCACUACUUUUAACCAGAGCCCUAUGUUGGGAAUAUGAUGCCAUAGGGCACCGGUCAAAAGUAGUGGAUGCAAGGGUGCUAUUUGGGACGCAGUCUGUAUGAGGCUGGAUCAGACCAAAUACGACCAAAAUAUCCCCAGCACUCAUUAGUCAUCUAGGAUUUAAACAAGCUUUACCCAAAUGACUCACAGCUAUUACACAACAGGCUCUAACUAACUGCCAUUGUGCUCACUGUGUCCAAAAAUACUCUGGAGUGCUAUUUGAGUGGAAAAUGUAUGUACUUUGUACAACUGAGAUUGUAUUUAAUUUCUCUUGUCUCAUUCGAGAAUAAGGUAGGCUAACAAAAUCAUGACUUUGAAAUGCCAAACUUGUACUAAAAUAAAUGAGGAAUAACAAAUA